AGGUUAUAAGAGGUGGGGGGAUAACCGAGUCAGAUGAUAGUAGGCCAAAAUCGGCCGACCGGCUCAGCUGUCUCUAAGACAUCAACACACCCAUCAGCUAGUUUUCCGUUGCUGCCAGUGAAAACGGAGGAGCGCGCAAGCAAGCAACACUCAAUGGAUUAUACAACGUAAAUCAAGAAAAAGGCUGUGUUGAUGCCAAUCCGAACCAAGAAGAGAGAAAGAAAGCACAUUACAGAUUACAGUUCAUUCAACCCGAGGCGGAUUCGUCUUGCUGUCCACAGAUGAAUUUUGAUCAGCCACCUCCUUAUGGGGGCCCUGGCCCCUCUGCCCCAGGAUACCCUGCCCCUACAGCACCUGGGUAUCCAACCCCCAUGGCCCCUGUGUACCAACCCCAAGGGUUCCCAGAUCAGGGAUACCCAGCCCAGGGAUACCCUGCUCCGGGUUAUCCACCCACAGAUCCAUCCUACUCUAACUUCCCCCCAGGACCCCCAGGUUUAUACCAAGGGCAGCCAGGUUACCAGGGUUACCAGAUUCCGCCUCAGCCACAGUUAGGAUGGCAGGAUACACCCCCUGGUGCACAAAUGUAUGGAGAAGCCCCUAAGAACACAGUGUAUGUGGUGGAGGACAGGAGUCGAGAUGGCGGAGGUGGAGGGGAGCACGCCUGUCUCACGGCCUGUUGGACAGCCCUUUGCUGCUGCUGUUUGUGGGACAUGAUGACCUGAUCCCUGAACCUGGCGAGACGAGACCUCACUGUUACCUCACCAUGUCCUCCCCAGAGAAAUCUAUCACGGUGUAUUAUGCUCGCUAAAUUGUUACACACGUGACUUUGUACAUCAUACGGCAACUAAAAACCUAGCCUGAACACUCAAAGUACUAAAGCUAACUUUUAAAAAAUAUAUAAAUAUUGACAAAUCUUAGCCGAAGAAAAAUAUAUAAAACAAUGUUGAAUAAUCGGUCUUAAUAAUUAACAGUUUAUAUUUAAUUAUAUUUUUAGUUUUUUUCAUAUUAGAGACGUUGGAAACUUACUUUUAUCUUUCAUCCCCACCUUUAAAUAUUUGCUUUUCAUGGUAAAGAAAACUAGACUGAACCAAAAUAUAAACGCAACAUGUAAAGUUUUGGUCCCAUGUUUCAUGAGCUGAAAUAAAAUAUCCCAGAAAUGUUC